CCUGACUGUUCCAAGAUUCCUCAGUCUGGGAGAAGCACAGGAGAGUAACCAGCCACUGAGGACUAUCUUGGGAACAGCAUGGAGAACAAAUGGAGUGGCUGGGUGUUGAUCCUCUCUGUUUGCUUGGGGUCCUAUCAAGCCGGGGCCAGCCCCCUCUCCGGGAGGCCCGCGUGCGGCGAGCGGCCCCAGGACUGGUGCCGGGACGCGCAGACGGCAGCACGCUGCGGGGCCCUGGAGCACUGCCGGCUCGUCGCCGGGGACCUGGCGCAGGCGAAGGGCAUCCCGUGCCACCUGUGCCGAAUGGCAGUCUCCGUGGUGGGGAAGAUCCUGCAGGACAACUGCACUGAGGAGAAGCUCCACGGCUUUCUGCAGAAGAAGUGCCAGGUCCUGCCCUUCCAGGACUGGGUGGUCAAGUGCAAGAAGAUGGUGGACACGGGCAUCCUGGUGCUCACCCAGCUGGGCAAGCAAGUGCUGGCGGACCCCAGGGUGGUGUGCGGGACCCUCCGGCUGUGCCAGCCCCGGCAGCGCCCCGCCGGCGCCCUCAGGUUUCGGCAGCCGCCGCCGCCGGCGUCCCCGAGGGAGGACUUUGCCCGGCUGGUGGCCCCCUUCACGGCCGACGUGCCGCUGCUGCGGCAGCCGCAGGACGCCCGCCGCGGCCCUGCCCUCCCGGCCCCGCGGGAGCAGGGGGACGUGUGCGGGGACUGCGCCCGGCUGGUGGCGGCCCUGCGGGCCCAGGUGGACACCGGCGCCCUCGGCGUCCCCGCCGUCGUCACCAGCCUCCGCACGGCGUGCCAGAGCCUGGGGCCCCUCCUGGCACCGAGGUGCCAGCGGUACCUGGCAGCGUCCUCGGACGUGGCUGCGCGGCUGCUCCAGCACUUGGUAAGCGGCAGCCCUUGUCCGGGGGUCCGGCGGGGCAAGCUGGGUGGCGGUGGGCGUCUCGCAAGCGUCCAGGACACCCAAACCGCGUGCCAAGCUGCCCGGCGUGGGGGGACAUUGCAGUGGCUUGCAUCACUGCCAUCAUUUGGGGUGGCCUUGGAGGGCCUCUGCCCGCAGGACCCCAAGGCGCUGUGCGGGCUGGCGGGGGCCUGUGCCCCCCCGGCACCGCUGCCCCGGCUGGCCGAGGAGCUGCUGAACGCCCUGAGCGCCCCGGCGCGCCCCGCGGAGCCGGGGAGGACCACGCCGCUGUGCGAGCUGUGCCAGCUGGCCGUGAGGGCAGCCGAGGGCCUCCUGGAGAACAACGUCACCGAGGAGCAGCUGGUCAACGACAUCGAGAAGGUGUGCUACAUGCUGCCCCACAGCGUCAUCGGCCAGUGCAAGGACUUCGUGGACUCCUACGGCAAAGCCGUGGUCAUCAUGCUGCUGGAGGCCACCGACCCCCAGGCCGUCUGCGCCAUGCUGAGGUGCUGCCCUAAGGCCCGGGUGGCCCAGGCAGGGGCCAGCGUGCUGGAGCGGCUGCCGGCCGGCGCCUUCUGCAACGUGUGCCAGAUGGUCUUCACCUACCUCGACAACGAGCUGCUCGCGAACGAGACGCUGUCGGAGCUGGGCGACGCGCUGGAGAAGGGCUGCGAGCUGCUGCCCUUGCCGUUCACGGGCAAGUGCGAGGCGCUCGUCGUGCAGUACGAGCCGGCUGCCGUGCGGCUCCUCGUCCAGAUGAUGGACCCCACCUUCGUCUGCACCAAGCUCAGAGCCUGCGACUCGCCCGAGGAGGAGCGCCCGGACUCGGACCCCUGCGCCCGGGGCCCCGGCUACUGGUGCAGCAGCGUGGCCACCGCCGCCGCCUGCAACGCCCUCGAGCACUGCAAGCGGCACGUGUGGGGCUAGGAGAUGGCCGUGCCGCCGGGACCCCGCGCAGCACCGCCGGGAGGGGCGGGGGGGCAGCCCCAGCAGCCGCCCCCGCCCCAGCUGGGGGUUUUCAAACCAGGUUAAGGGAUUUUUUUUUUUUUUUUUUAAAGGCCUGGGAAUUCAACUCAUUUUGGGGAAAAAAAAUAAAAAAAACCCCAACCCCGAAAUGCUGUUCCCACGCUCCCCCUCGACGGCAAGCUCGAAGCGAGCCCGGCCCUUUGCUGGCACUGCCGCCGUUGCCUCCCAAUUUCUGUGUGUGUGUGUGUGUGUGUGUGUGUGUGUGUGUGUGUGUGUGUGUGUGUGUGUGUGUGUGUGUGUGUGUGUGUGUGUGUGUGUGUGCGCGCGCGCGUGCGUGCAUGUGUGCGGGGGGGGGCUUUUUAUUAUUAUUUUCUUUUCCCAGUCUGCAUUUAAAGAAACAAAGUGGAUUAAAUGUACCUGCAAUGCCUGGCUUUGCAUGA